GCAGCAGCAGCAGCAGCAGUGGAGCUUCACUGCCUCUCCUCGCCUCACAGUGCGGGAAUAUACCAGCGGAGAGCAGAAUGGAUACGGAAGGGAGCCAGAGCAGCCUAUCCUCCGGCACGGACAACUCCCCCCACGACCCCUGCAAAAUGUUCAUCGGGGGUCUGAGUUGGCAGACAACACAAGAGGGCUUGAAGGAGUACUUCUGCAAAUUCGGCGAGGUGAAGGAGUGCAUGGUGAUGCGGGAUCCCGUUACCAAGCGGUCGAGAGGGUUCGGCUUUGUAACAUACACAGAACAAGCCGGUGUGGAAAAGGUUUUGGCGCAAAACAGACACGAGCUGGAUUCUAAAACGAUUGACCCAAAGGUGGCGUUUCCCCGCCGGGCUCAGCCUAAGCUGGUGACCAGGACAAAGAAGAUCUUUGUCGGAGGACUGUCAGUCAAUACCACCAUCGAAGAUGUGAAGCAAUAUUUCGACCAGUUUGGAAAGGUCGAUGAUGCCAUGCUCAUGUUUGACAAAACAACCAACAGACAUAGAGGUUUUGGUUUUGUUACCUUUGAGAAUGAAGAUGUGGUUGAGAAAGUGUGUGAGAUCCACUUCCAUGAGAUCAACAACAAAAUGGUGGAGUGCAAGAAAGCCCAGCCCAAGGAGGUGAUGACGCCGACAGGCUCAGCCAGAGGCCGUUCCAGGGUGAUGCCCUACGGGAUGGACGCUUUUAUGCUGGGCAUUGGCAUGUUAGGCUACCCGGGUUUUCAGACUGCUACCUACACCAGCCGCAGUUACUCUGGUAUCGCGCCCGGAUACACCUACCAGUUCCCAGAAUUCCAUUUAGAGAGGACCCCCCUCCUGACAUCAUCCCACCCUCCUGAGCUGGCAGCCAUUCCCCUGACUGCAUACGGACCAAUGGCAGCAGCUGCAGCAGCCGCCGCGGUAGUUAGAGGCUCCACCCCUUCACGCACAGCUGGCUUCCUGGGCACCAGCAGCCCUGGACCAAUGGCUGACCUGUACGCUGCAGCCAAUCAGGACUCAGGAGUCAGCAGCUACAUCAGUGCAGCUAGCCCCGCCCCCAGCACAGGGUUCAGCCAUGGUAUAGGGGGUCCUCUGAUUGCUACUGCCUUCACUAAUGGCUACCACUGAGAAGUCUCAGGUCACCGAGGGAUGGGAGGGCGUCUCCUCUGCUGAUGAGCCAAUCACAAUGCUGACUGCCCACUGAUGGCACAACCUGAUUGGCCGGCCACCGGCUCUUUACCGGGCUCUCCUGGCUCCAUAUGGCUCCGCCCACCGACUGAAUAUCUUUUUAAAUCCAGAACUCUUGUUUCUGCUGUACUAAUCUCACUUCAACAUAACUUCCCUGUUUUCUCCUCUUUUGUCCUCAUCAUGUAGUCUAAUAACUAGAGCCCACCCCCUCUCCCCCCUCAGUUAUCCAUUUUUUUCAUUUUGAAGCUGAGAAAAAGAAACUGCAAAAAAAAAAAAAAAAAAAAAAAAAA